GUUUGUUCUGGACCUCGGGUGAUGUAUUGGCUCUGUACGGCAUCGAUGGUAUGGGCUAUGCUGCUGCAUACACAUUGGAUGCUGUAGGACCUGUAAUGAUAUCUAGUUUACUCAGCAUCUUCGUGUACAAGGAGAUCAAACAAAAGAAGCAAAGGAUAGUCUUCGGCAUCGCCUUCUGCAUCCAACUGACCGGAUGUUUGCUAGUCGCUAUCGGCGAGUAA